ACGAGGAGCCUUCGCAAAAGAUGAAAGAGGAGCAGCGAAGGGAACGAAAGGGAGGCUGAACGCAUCGCUGAGACUGUCUGCGAAGGCGUCGUACAACAAACGUACAGUAGCGGCGGCGGCGAAGAGGAAAUAGGAGACUGGGAGGCAGAGGAACCUGACACAAACUGCACAACACGCACAACCAGCGCACUAGCAUGAGGUGAACUCUGUGGACUGACAUGGCUGAGGAAAGUUGGACCAGCGAGUGGGCUGCAGUGUGCGAUGGCAAACAAACACUGACGUCUCUACAGGCAAACUGCUGGUCUCACAUCAGUGAUGUUUUCCCAGUGGUGGGCCAGUGGGCUCCCACUAGUCUCAAAUGGUACCUCUGGUGUCCCAGACAACUGCUUCAACUCCACUGAGAACACUGUACUUGAAGGAGUCCCGUUUGGAGGAGUACCAGCAGUGCUACUGAUUGAUUUUACUGUGUUUCUGGUGCUGGUGUUCAUCUUUUUUGUUAUCAGGAGAAAGUGGUGGGACUAUGGGCGUCUGGCGCUGGUUGCAGACAAUGAAGUGUCAGCAUACCGACAACGUGCAUCAUCAGUCAGGCCGGAGGAGUCAGGAUGUGACUUAGGAUGGUUUGCUUGGCUGCCAUACAUCAUUCGUAUGGAUGGGGAAAAAAUUAAAGCCAGAUGUGGCGUGGACGCUGUUCACUACCUGUCCUUUCAGCGUCACCUGAUGUUCUUGUUGUUGGUCUUAACUAUAACCUCCGUGGCAGUCAUAUUGCCUGUCAACUUGACUGGGAAUCUGCUGGAUAAUGACCCAAAGAACUUUGGAAGAACAACUGUUGGUAAUCUUCCCAAAGGAGACAACCUGUUAUGGCUGCACACAGUGUUUGCGGUUUUCUACCUGGCUGUAACAGUUGCGGUGCUGCAGCGUCACACAUCAAAAAUGAAAGACAUACGUACAGCCACAGCUAGAAACACCUUGUUUGUGUGUUCAGUCCCUAAAAGUGCAACAGAAGAUGAUGUAAAGCUUCAUUUCACGGAGGCGUAUCCGACCUGUUACGUGUGUGCAGUGACCUUGGGUUGUGACGUGGCCAAGCUCAUGCACCUUGAUGAGCAAAGGAAGCGAGUUGGAAAAAACCUGCACUACUAUGAAUGUGUCCUGGAUAAAACAGGGAAUCGGGAGAUGAUAGACCCACGCAGUUGUGGUCACCAGUGUUGCUGCACUAAGUCUGAAAAGGUUGACGCCAUAGAGUACUACAGUGCUAAAGAGAAAGACCUGCUGGAUGAGGUGAGGGAGCAGGCAGAACUGGCACCACAGCAGCAUCUGGGGAUUGCAUUUGUCACUUUACAGAACGAGGCCAUGGCUAAGUACAUUCUCAAAGACUUCAAUGCUCUUGAGUGUGGUGGCGGUUGCUGUAAUAGGAGGGAGCCGCAACCUUCGUCCAACAGUAAGGCUCUGAAAGUGAGCAAUUGGAAGGUCAGCUUUGCACCCCAUCCCAAAAACAUAUAUUGGGCCAAUCUAUCGGUGGGAGGCCUUCGCUGGUUUGUGCGCUAUGUGUUGAUCAACUUCUUCCUCAUCUUGCUGCUCACGUUCCUCACCACUCCUACCAUCAUUAUCAACACCAUUGAUAGGUUUAACGUGACAAAGCCCAUUGAGUACCUCAAUAACCCAGUCAUUAGCCAGUUCUUCCCCACUCUCCUGCUGUGGUCCUUCUCUGCUUUGCUACCUACCAUAGUAUACUAUUCUACAUUAGGAGAGGCACACUGGAGCAGGUCCAGCGAACAGCUGAGCAUGUUGCGUAAGCUGUACUUCUUCUUACUUUUCAUGGUGCUUAUCCUCCCCUCACUAGGACUCACCAGUCUUGCAGUGUUUUUUCGCUGGCUGUUUGAUAAAGAGUUCCUUUCAAAUGGGAAACUUAGGUUUGAGUGUGUGUUCUUACCUAACCAAGGUGCAUUCUUCGUCAAUUAUGUGAUCACGGCGGCACUGGUGGGCUCUGCCAUGGAGCUGCUGCGUUUGCCUGGGUUGCUGCUCUACACCAUUCGCAUGAUGUUUGCAGGCUCUGCUGCCGAAAGGAAAUAUGUCAAACAGAAUCAAGCAUAUGAGUGUGAAUAUGGAGCUAUGUACAGCUGGACCCUGUGUGUGUUUACUGUCAUCAUGGCUUACAGCAUUAUUUGUCCUAUAAUUGUGCCAUUCGGUUUGCUGUACAUGUUUCUGAAGUACUAUGUGGACAAACACAACCUGUAUUUCGCCUACCUGCCUGCUCACCUAGACCAUCAGGUGCACAUGGCAGCAAUCAAUCAAGCCCUGGCUGCACCCAUCAUCUGCUUAAUAUGGCUUUACUUCUUCUCUGUCCUCAGAACAGGUUUCUUGACUCCCACGUCUCUUUUCACCCUGGUGGUCCUGUGUAUUUCUGUCUUCAUCUGCAUCAGCUACACCUGCUUCGGCCUUUUCAAGUACCUCAGUCCACACAACUAUACAGUGAAAGAAGAGGAUGAGGAUGCAGAAGAGACAGUAGAAGAAAACACUGUGGUCUACCUCCCCAGGGUGCUUAAUCCCAAAUCACCUGUCAGUGCCACAGAGGGGUUUACGCGCCAGAAGUCUUAUGGAUCUACACAGGACAGUGCAGACGCCAGCUCCGUCCCAGUGAACAAAGACUAAAUCUGUGCAUUUCAUGCCAAAUGGAAGGUUAUCAACGUUUACUGUGACUCUGACCUCUUUUACAAAUUUUACCUUUGUCAGAUAUAAAUAAUCAGACUUUAAAUUCAGCUCUAUUGUGCUGCUCAGUUAGACAGGCCCUUUCCCACAACAAAAGCAGUGAGAACACUGGUCCAACAUCUUUUCCUUCUGCUGUAGGUAGAACAAGUUAAAAGUGCCACGGAGACAGCAGAGAAUAGAUUUUACAUAAAUAAAAUAAAUACCAAUUGCACCGGACCAGUUUGUCACGCAACCUGGCUAUAAAACCGACUUACAAGUUUCUUAUAAGGACUAAUCCACCAAGUAGUAAACUAAUGCUAAUGAAAGAAAUGUUGACUGUAAUAUGUUGCACUUGCCGAAGCUGCUGUUUCAAUGAAUGUUGAGUAUUAUCAACAUGACUGUGGCCAAAGAAGUGGACCAACAGAGCUUGCUGCCUAAUUAAUUAACCGCUGUCUAUACUGUGUCCCAUAGAUUGUCCAUAGUGCCUUAUUGAUGCCAAGGGAAUAACAUGGGACCAAAUUUUAAAAAUGCACUUUCUUUAUAUUUGUAUCUUUUGAUUGAAAAAGACAAUUUCAAUAAUACAGCAAACUGGAACUGAUGUAACUGUUGUAUUGGGAAUGAAUGUUUUAAAUAGGUCAGUUUAUAUUUGUAUGUAAUUCACAUUUUUUUUAAAACAGGCAUUUGAACAAAACCAAGUUGUAGGAAUUGUCCCAUGUUACACAGACUAUUGUUAUGUCAGUACUGAUGUUAAGAGGAACUGGACUCUGUUCAACAUACAUUAUUCUACUGAAUUUUACAUGGAGCUUUAUAAAAAACUGUUUUCUUUUAAA